CGUGUCCGCGGCCGCAGGUCACAUGACGCGGAAGAUGUGGGGCUUAAUUCCUGUGUUGGACUGCUCCCAGCUGCUGCGCCUCUGCCCUUCGCAGUGCAAACCGUACGUCUGCCCCAUCACGACCCCCGACCCCCGGGUGGACUCCUCUCAGCGCACCAUGUCGGACCAAGCUUUUGUUACACUGGCCACAAAUGACAGCUAUGCAAAGGGAGCGAUGGUUCUCGGCCAGUCGUUACGAAACCACAACACAACCAGGAAGCUGGUUGUGCUCAUAGGACCUCAUGUUGCAGAACCUUGCAGAGAUGCGCUACGGUCAGUUUUCGAUGAGGUGCGAGUGGUGGAUGUGAUGGAUUCAGGCGACACGGCUCACCUGGCCCUGAUGAAGCGUCCAGAUUUGGGGGUAACCUUCACCAAACUGCACUGCUGGACGCUCACACACUACAGCAAGUGUGUGUUCAUGGACGCAGACACACUGGUGCUGUCCAACAUAGAUGAACUGUUUGAGAGGGAGGAGCUUUCUGCUGCUCCAGAUCCUGGCUGGCCGGACUGUUUCAACUCUGGGGUGUUCGUCUUCAGACCGUCCAAUGAGACGCACGAGAAACUGCUCACAUUCUGUGGUGAACAUGGCAGCUUUGAUGGUGGAGAUCAGGGGGUUCUCAACAGUUUCUUCAACACCUGGGCCACAGCAGAUAUUUCCAAACACCUGCCCUUCGUUUACAACCUCAGCAGUAUCGCCAUCUACUCCUACCUGCCAGCUUUCAAACAGUACGGCCACGAUGCAAAGGUAGUGCACUUCCUGGGCAAAGUGAAGCCGUGGAACUACUCCUACGACGCUCAGCAAGGGGAGGUCAGAGGUCACUCUCAGUCACCGGACCAGAGCCAGCUGCACCCCGACUACCUGCUCAUGUGGUGGCAGCUGUACGCCAAAUCUGUGCUGCCUUUACUGCAGAAGUCCUACGGAGAAGCUCCCUUCAGCAGCGGCUUCGUCGAGGCCAGCGGUGAUGGAAAGCUUCACGAGGAUGUCAGCGAGCACCCGGCACCCUCUCACCCUCCUCCGCAGAAGGUUUCAUCAGAGGAGAGGAAGCAGCGCUGGGAGGCGGGUCAGAUCGACUACUUGGGCGACGACUCCUUUGCCAACAUCGAGCGAAAACUCGACUCCUUCCUAAAGUAGCGGGCGGCCGAGGGAGCAUGACGGACACCAGUUGAAGCGCCGUGUGGUCGAGGAGGAGAGAUAAACCACCGCUCAGUCCAUCACAGGGGCCUGAUUAGCAGGUGACUGGAUGAAUGCCUCCGUGCACCUUUUCACUGUGACUCUCUGCACAAUAUCAGUGUGUUGAGAGUAGAAGCUUGACAAAAUUCCCGUGCACUCCACCAUUCAUUUUCUCCUCUUAAAGGAAAAGUUGGACAUUUUGGGAUGCAUCCCUCUGUUGCAGAGAGUUGGGUGAGGAAAUUCCUUUAAGUGAGAAGCUACAAGCAGCAGCUAACUCUGAGCUCAGCAUGUUGUAGGUUACAUGCAAUGUUAACAGAAAACCUAAGGUUAAAAUAUGUUUUUUUCAGAGAUAUUUUCAUUGAUUACAGAUGUGUAUUGUUCUUAAUAUCUUUCUGCUGCAUUAGCAAUGGCAAACUGAGGCUGUGGUCAGAGCACAGGCUGCAUUGAUGCUCCAUUUAAAUAUGAUCUACAACUCAAGGCAACAUUUCAAAAUUUAAAGCAGAUGGUAAACAUUUUCUGGAUCAUAAAAUAUCUUUGGACUUUCAACACACUGCUGGCUGAGGGAAAUUAAGAAAAAUAAGAAGCGUUUUGAUUUCGUCCCAGUGUUUACAUGCACAAUAAUAUGCGACCAAAUCAACUACAAGCAAAUCUAACAGCUUCUGGUUUGUUUAGUCGAUACAAAAUCCAAAGCAUAUGAGUGACAAUUCUGUAUAUUUAAAAGCAAUUAUGUGUGGGAUUAUUUCUUUUACCAGUCACAGUUACAUCAUCUGAGGUUUUGCUUGUUGCCUGACAACCGUUCCAGACCAGGAAAUUAUCUGCAAAGUAACAAAAUAAAACUGCGAUUUUAGUGUGUAGUGUAACUUGCCUGGCUGUGUUGCCUAUUGCUUGUUGGAAUUACAAGUCUUAAUUGGCUGCCUACAUAUAGCAAAUCCUCUCUGACAACUCUUUGCAACAAAGAAAAUAAACUUAGAUACUUCCUAAAAUGUCCAGCUUUUCUUUUACAGUAUUCUUGUGCAUCUGAUGGAAUCCGACUCACUUACUGUCAGCAGUCUUCCUAACCUGUGGAAAAUCUCAGCAGCAGAAAUGACUACGUGUGGGCUCAAGAAAAAAAGCAUUUAGCAGUCGUUUCUGAAAUUUGCCACGACCUCCUUUCUUCCUACCUGCAAUAAGCCUCCCCGUCUAACCCACUUUGGAGCAAAAUAUGCAGCAGCUGGCUCACUUUCCUCUAUUUCAGCCAGUCGCGACAAUCCUACUUUAAUAUGACAGUGUUCACCUCAUUGGAGAAGCAUAGAGUAGCACCCUGACAGUAUCUGUCCCUCUGACUCACCAGCUCCCUCUACCUUCAGCUUCGUCAUGUCUGGUGUUGUUAAGGCUGUUGUGUUGUAUUUGCAUGGCACAGAGUUAAAACGUGGGUCAGUGAUGAAGUCUUCCACCCGCAUCAUAAGGUGAUGUUGACAGCUGGCGUUUGUGUUUUUGUGGGAUUAAAUGCUAGUGUCUCCCCCCCAAAAAAGUGUCAUCUGUCCUGCAUGUAUGUCCCUGCCAGACCCACAACAGCGUAUUUGUGCCAUGACCUGGGUUUUGUCACUUCCUCUCUGUAGCGUAACCAGUUGCCUUAUUGCCGUUCACUGUUUACAAAACCUCACAUACUGUAACUGCUGCUAGUAGCACAGAGGAUUGAACUGUGUGGGGUCCAUCCUUUUCUGUUGCCAACGCCCUCUUUACUUCACUCCAGCUGUGUGCCCUCGAAACUAUCACCUACAGCUCUUAGUAAUAUGUUCCUUUGUCCGGUAAACACACUCCGAUAUAAUGCUGGAAAGGCUUAGAGAGAAAUCCAUAUGUAGCGUUUGAGUGUGGAUCAUAAUUGUAGUGACAUCAGUUUAUUCACAUCGGUGUCCCAGCUGUUAACUGUACAUCCCUCUUGAAGAGCUAAUAAAAAAAACUUGUGAAAAAACA